AUGGAGAGCAACGAUCAAUUUAGCAAACAGGUGAAAUCUGGCACGAAUACACAGGAAAAUAAGAAAAGAUAUGAAACUUUAAUGGAUAAAGUGUGUUUAAUGGCGGGUGUUGUAACAGGUAUAUUACAGUUCGAGUCAACGUACGGGUUUUUAGCAUUUCUUAUUACAUAUUUACUUACUGCUAUUCUAUAUGUAAUUGGGAUAUGUGGAGGCCACCCAGAAUUAUUUUACGAAAAUAUUAUAAGUGAUUUACUCUUUGACAACUUUAUAAGAGAAUUAAUGGGUUUUAUUAUGGCGUGGACAUUUAGUUUUGCUUUGAUAGGUUAG